AUGACGACACCGAGCAAACCUAGUCAGAAGACAAGCGGCGCCUCCGUCGCGAAGGACUUUAACAAUGUCUUGAAUGGAACACCUGCUUUCGAAGCCAUGCGCUUCACAGCAAAUUACGCACGAAUAGCAAAGGCCGAGCUUCAAAGCUGUGUCUAUGAAGAACUAAUGGUCGCUGUAAAAGAAGCAGGAAAGCUUCUGCCAGAGACCUUCAAUCCGACCAUAGACGAAUGGCCAGCUGAUGCAGAAAGGAUCAAUGAGAAUAUGGAAGAGAAAUUGAAGGAUUGUGAUAAACUUGCUGGAGGGUUUAAGAAGUUUGUUGAGAAUGCUCGUGCAGCUGUGAUGGCGGGUGCGAAACGUCAAUAG